CUUCUGAAGAGAGAGGAGUGGAGACUGAGGGGGGGAACUCUAAACACCCCUCCUCUGGCACUGUCCCGUUCAGCACUCCUGUGUCUCCACCUACUGCUCCACCCAAAACUGAAAUUGAAGAGGAGACCUUCCACAGUCCCCCGCCCAGCCCCUCUCCUCUCCACCCCCUGAAAUCACCCCCCCCCCCCCCCCCAUCUAGCACCAGCUCCAGUACAGAGUCACAAGUCCAGACACAGGAAUAGAAGCUCCUAAGACCAAGAAAAUAGGAGAUCAUUUAAAGAACUGAAACUUUAUUGCGCUGUGUGUGUGUGUGUGUGUGUGUGUGUGUGUAUGUACAUGUCUGUGUGAACUUGUCUUGGCUAGUAGCAGCUAUAGUUUCAGUAUUUUUACUUUUCUGACUCCCCCACGGACUCCCCCACACACGAACCCGUCAGUACUUCAUGGUGUAGACACACGGUCCCAGAGCGGGUCCAACAGCACAGCUGUUCAGGCUUAUCCAGCAGAGACACCGCGGCUACCGUAGCAUUCCAAAAAAUCUCCGUUCACCAAGGCUCGGGUACGAAGGGGAAAAAUAGAGAAAAGAAAGAGAAGACGCCCCAGCCCCUGGUGUGGUCUAGCUAAACUCCGUGGCCAGGUGUUUUGGAGGUCUAAGCUGUCAUUGGCUGUUUGAGGUCUGCGCUGCCAUUGGCUGUUUGGAGGACACACCAUAUCACUUUCACCCUUCCCAUCGGGGGUGGAUUUCAAUUGGUUCAGUAAAAUAUUUGCCAAAUUAGAUCAGGUUGGAUAAUCAUAUAGCUGUACAAGAUAAUCAGAUACACUUUAUUCCAUGAUCUUCGUUAUGAAUUUUAGAAGAUAACCAUACCAAACAUGACUGCCUUAAAUACAGGUUAAGGGGAUUACUUGCUAGUAGUAUGCUGUGAUGACUUGCAGUUGACUUUGAAUUUUUUUUAGACCAGUUGGGUAGCAGAACAGUAUUUAUUUAUUCAUUAUGACUAAUAUGAUUGUAAUAUUCCACACAUUCAUUCCACACACUCCUUUCACCCCCUCACACUCCCCAAAACGUCCUUAAAUGAAAGCACUUUAUAAUGUACUACAUAUAAAUGCUUAACUCACAUCCUCAUGAGCACUCAUGUAACUUCUCCAUCCUAUUCAUGCCCCUAAAAUCAUACUGUAAUAUGUUACCACAAUGCUUUCUUUAAUUCUGUUUUUUUUUUAAGUACCUUCUAUCAUUGCUUCUCAGUUAAUGUGUAAGUCCAAAUGUUAUUAUGUCUUGCUUUUUGUAAUCCCAAAUUGUUCAGUGCCUGUUUGUUUGUUUUGUUUCCUCCUUGUAAGAGCGCAUGUGUACAUGGCCGUAUGUUUCUCGCCAUACCUAUUUGUCAAGAAAUACAAAACUGCAUGAUCGCCCCCAUCCCGGAUAGCAUGCUAGUAGUAAAUAACCGUUGGGAAAAACCGGGAUUACCAACCCGCAAGUAAGCUUUCACUUUCACAUCAGGCCCGCCACCGGAGAUGCGCCUGUAUGAAGACGAGCAAUGGCAGACACACGCUUCAGAAUCACUACGCCGUUAUUUUUUAUCCUCGCGAACUUCAUAUUCGGUGAUGUCACGCCUGAGAUCAUUGCCCAGUCUAACGGGAACUUCACACUACAGCCUAGAGUUCAGGGUCCCCUGGAGGAAAUUUUGUGGAGGUGGAAUAAUCAUAAGGUGGUUGAAUUUGACCAGAAGGAGGUGGUUGAAUACAGGCAGUUUAAAGGACGGACAAUCCUGGACCUCACAACGGGAGCCCUGACCCUCACACGUCUCACAGAGGCUGACAGUGGGGAGUAUGUUGGUGAGCUGCAGAUCAAGGGAACUCUGGUGGAAUAUCGUCAGACGGUGAAAGUGUUUGAUGCUGUAGGUAAACCAGCAGUCACCUGCCAAGUGAACGGCCCCUCAGUAACCCUGCUGUGCUCUGGGGGCAACAGACCAAGCACUCAGUACAGGUGGGAGGGGCUUGCCAUAGAGCCCCAGCCAGGGUCCCAGCUGAAGAUAGAGGCAGCAGAGAGCUCUGAUGCAAUCUACACCUGUGUGCUGCACAACCCUGUGGGUGAGAGCAGAACAGACUUUCCUGUAAAGAGCUGCUUCCCUGCUCCAGGUAAGGCCCACUCAGCUGAUGUAGGGACUGAGCACAGGCCUGCCAUCCUGGCUGCCACAGUCCACCCCUAAUGCUCA